GAAUUGUGAAAAAUUAGCCGCGGACACAACGAAUUCAUUAUAGCUAUGCUGUCCCUAAGAGUAAAAGCACGCAGUUUGCUUGGAACUCAACUGCGGCGUUUGUUAAAUAACAGCACACAUCGCUGUUUAACAUUGUCGGCUUCAUACAAUGCGGCUCAAAAUGUUUAUAAGAACGAGAACGAAUGCUUAGUGAUCAAGUGGAACGACGGCAAUGUCGAUGAAUUUCCACAUGUUUAUCUUCGCGAGAAUUGCCGUUGUCCAGCAUGUUAUACAGAUGAAAGGAAAUCACGUACAAUGUAUUCGCCGAAGGAAGUUAAUCUCGAUAUCACAGCAGAGUCAGCUGCCUGGAAUACUGAGGAUGAUCAGUUGGAAGUUAAUUGGGAAGAUGGUCAUACGAGUCAUUAUUCAUUUGAGUGGUUAAAGUAUUUGAGGUAUGUGGUCGCUGCAAUCACGCUUUAAGCCCGCCGCACACGAGAGCAAUUUGCUGAGCUAACCGCCUCGCGAGGCGGUUAGCUCAGCAAGUUGCUCUCCUGUGCCAUGCUCUCCUGUCUCAUCGAAGCCAUGCACAGUUUAGCUUUCGUGCAAGUAUAACUUUCCACCACACUGACCUUUCUAAAUAGCUGAAGGCUGACUUUCAACAAGUUAUAGUUUAGUUUAGAUUAGUUUAUCAGUGACGUUAUCAGCUCGAUAAUUGGAAGGGCGAAUAUUCAUAUCUUCGUGUUCUGCAUUAUUAACUUCUUUUGAAAUCCAUUGUUUUUAUGGUCUAUGAACACAACUAUAUGAAUAUUCGCCCUCCCAAAUUAUCGCGCUGGCGCGCCACUGUAGUUUAUGUAUAUCAUUUGGUUUAUGGUUACAGUUUAGUUUUUGUAUUUAUGAUGUCAUACGUUAUGAUGUUUUAUUCAUAUUACGAUUUAUUAAUGUUUUAUUCAUACUCAUAACACAGCUCUUAGUUGGACCCCCUGUGAACAAGGUUGUCCCCGUACCAUUGCGUGACAGUCAACUCUCAUUCUAAGUACACUCUCUCAUUCUAAGUACAUAAUUUGAUGUUUAAUAUAAUUACUGAAACAAAAGCGAAAAAAACUUCACGACAAAUUUGAAGCGUUCAACAAUGAAAUUAAAACAGAUACGGCCGGACAAUUCAAUUUGAUAUUUCAUGUUCCAUAUUCCUACGCCUUAAACAUGCCACUACCAGUUCGAUAUCGUGCACUGAGCUAUAUUGCCAUGAGUGAAUUCAAUGCUCCAUUGCGUGAAAGGUAUUUUUGUCUCACUGCUUCAAAUGUAUGCGGGAUUAUCUUGCUUAGGCGGGCCAUGCAGAUCGGUUCGCCCCAAGGCCGGUUUACACUUGCAAUUUUUGUUGCGACUGCUGUUUUCUCGUUCAGAAAACUUAAUUAAUUUUGAGGCGCCAUCUUGUUUUUCUACUGGCAGGAUAUUAGCGAGUUUGCUACUAGUGAAGAGCUAAUCAAAUUGCAGAAUAGCUCAUACCCGGUAGUUGUCUAUACUGUAUAGUAUAAUAAUAGUGUUUAUCUAGCCAGCGUGGCGGCUCUUAUAUAGGCCUGCCCGAAAGCCCUAUAGUAAAAUUGAUCACUCUCGGCAGCCAGCCGCCGAGAAUUGUGAUUGGCUGAAUUUAUACGUUGAUAACACGUUGAUUGACAUGUAUGUAAGAUAAUUAUUCAAAAAUUUUAAAAAAUAAAUACACUAAAAACAAACGGCAUCGCACACAUUAAUAUAUUGUACAAAGUGUAAACCUGUCGGCCAAAAUAUAACAAUUCAAAAGACAAAGUGUAAAAUGUAUUAAGUAUAAUUUCUUAGGUAGCUUUGCAAGGUUGCAAGUUGUGUCAAAGUGUCAUUUUUGCAAGCUUACGAAAUUUACCCUGACCCUUACAAAUUUCGUAAGCUUGACAACAAUGACACUUUGAUACAACGUAUAAGUAUAACAUAUACCGAUAUCUAAGGCAAUCCAUAUUGCAUGUGUCGUAUGAUUUUACCCGCGUAUGUCACUAUAGACAAAGAAUAAGAAAUGAAAUAGCUUAACUGUAUUUUAUUCUGAUUAUGUCGCUUGUAAUGUGACGAAACGUUACUCAAUAAAUAUUUUUUAUAUUCCAAAUGUUUUUUGAAUAUGCCUCUUUGACGAGUUAUUUGCUGGGCAAUAAUCUUUUUAACUAGAAUUUGAAGGGCAUCUUGAGUCGGAACCUUUAAAGUUUUUGAAGCCGCGCAUGUCGCCUCGGGCAUACCGGAAAUUGCCCGCUCUAAUUACUCGCAGCCAGUAAAAGCCAGUCAGUUAGUGUUAGAAAUUUGUAUAAUUGUAUUGUAGAAUGGCCAUUUUAUUUGACUGAAUAAAUCGACUAUAUUUCGUAAAGGAACAAUUCAAAUUACAAACCACGGCCGCUGGUUGUAAUUUGAAGGUUAGUGAAUACAUUUCUAUUGGUUAUGAGCUAUUAGAGAAUUGCCAAAUGCGAAAUUUAAACGUAUUAAUACAUGUUGUUCACUUACAAAGUAUACAGUACAGUAUAUUAACAUAUGAUAUAGUUUAGUUUAUUUAUUGGAAAAAUUCGAUGUCUUCGAAGGUUAGUAAGGGACCGGUCAUUAUUUAUGGAAGGGGGGGGAGGGAGAAAAUAAGGGGGGCCAUAUGUAUAAAUAAAUGACUAGAAGGGGGAGCUAUUAAUUUUUUCAAGAAAAUGAGGGUGGGGGGUUGCAAUUAAAUUUGAAGGAAUUUGCUUAAUAAGCAUGGUAUCCAUUUGGUUGUAAAUGUUGCGACUAAAUCAUAGUUACUGAUGUGCUGUAUGCAAAUCAGUCUUUACUGAUUGCAGAGAUAAAUUGACAUUGUAUUAUUACAUCAGCCAUCUUGAUGUGGUUAAAUACAUUUAAGUAAGGUUGACGGCGAAUGUAUUAUGCAGGCCACAUCCGCUGAGGGGAGUCUGUGACAUCAUAUCGAUCAAAGGGGGUUGUUUUGCGCCUUGUGAUCAGUGCUUCGGUCUGUGUAUUCAUUCUGCCAUUGUAUGCUUUGCCUAGCUGCAGCAAGUUUAGCGCUUAGAUACCUUUUCCUUUUUAUGAUACAAACAGUUUAACUAUGUUUUGAGUUCUUGAAAAGCCUGAUUGUUGUUUCUUGAUAAUUUAUUAUACUCUAGAAGCUUGAAAAUAUAAAUAGUUGUCGAAUAAAGCUCAAUAUUUUGGACACAAAAAUGUAAACAAAGGCUUUGUUUACAUACGGACUGUAGAUCACCUUUAAUGAUAAUUUUCUGCUAAUAUAUGUUUUUGGUCGACGUUAAUAUCUUCUCAGUUCCAUAUUCUUAUCUAAUAAUUAACACUAUAACGUCUGGGUAUCCCCAUUUGACGAGUAAAAAUUAAAAUGGGGGGGGGGGGUCAAAAAAAAUAUUCUAAUAUGUAGGGGGGGUCAUCAUUAAAUUUCUGCUCUUUUAACGGGGGGCUUUCAAUUUUAAAAAUUUAGGAAAGAAAAAAUUCCCCUCCACACCCUUCCAUAAAUAAUGCCCAGUCCCUAAUAGGAAUGAACGUUAAUUCAUAAUCGUGAUAUUUUAAUUACAUAAAUAAAUAAUAUUAUUGUCUGAUAUUGUUUGUAUUUGUAGUUCAACAUGUCAGACACAGACAGACAACUUCCCACACGAAAUAAAUUUGAUUAAUUGCUCGCCACUUUGAAAUUUAUACUUUUGUAAAUAAAAUUUGAUGCAAUCCAAAACCUAUCCUGAUAAAAUUCGAAAUAAACCGCGAUCGCCUGUCAGCAUUUCAUUCCGAUUCAGACUGUAGCUCACACAACAAUAUCAAAUUUCUCCCUAAAUAUUCGUUUUUUUCUAUGCUAGCCACAAUAAUAAUUUAGGCUUACAUUGCCUCUGCAGGCAGUUGUAGUAGUUUGAUAUUCCAAUCCCUUGUUUCCGAUAAAAUAGUCGAUUUUGUGAUCAAAAUGUACAUUUCGUUAUACAAAUCCCUAUUGCACUGACUGGCUUUUACUGGCUGCGACCACUGAUCUGAAAUAAGAUUGGAUAACGCAUCUACAGGGUGUAUAAAAAAAAACUGAACAGAUUUAAAAUUGCUCUCAAUUUCGCAAAACACCUAUUUGCAUGUAUCCGGGUUUUUAUGCCCUUUUUAAGGUGGCUCCCUACAGUUCUCUAAAAUUCUAGGUAUUUUGAGUAACGUUCGCUUUGAACCGAAUUUAUAUUAGAUACACUUAAGACAAGGCAAUAUGAUCAUUUCCAGGAAAGUUCAGAAGCUGUGUGCUGUCCAUUUAUGAACAAAUUAAAACAGUGUUUGUGUUGCCAUGGCAACCAUGAUGUUUAAUCUUUUGCACUUUUAUUGUCUAAUUUCACAAUAAAUUGACAAUAUCUAUAUUUUCCUUCGGUGAAUUUUUCUGAAAUUUUUUUUGAAGAUUUAUGGCCCAUAAAGGAAAAACAUAUCAAAAUUUGAAGGGAAUUUACAAAUAAGUUUUCGAGAUAUUCGUGAAUGACGGUUACAGAAAAAGUUAUUUGUAGAAUUUCUUAAAAUUUGGAUAUGUUGUACCACUCGUCUUGUAUAACAAAAAUACAAAGUUUAAAAAAAUUUCACCGAAGAAAACACGAGAAAAUCAUCGCUAAAAUCGGCGUGGCCAGCAUGAAAAAAAAUCGACUCGACAUGAGCACGAUCUGCGCAUGCGUGUAAAUUGUAGCGUGUGAUUUAUAGUGAUUUCAACUUUUUGGCUUACAAUACAUACGAAAACAGAUAUUUCUGACUUGUUUGACAUGAAAAUAAAAUAUUAAUCUUGAAAAUACUAAUAAAAAACACUAUUAUACGCAUUGUAUUAAAUCCAGUGUUAGUUUACAUUUGUUUUUGUUGUUAAAAUCGGUGUGAAAACUUUUCAAAACAUCGAACUACAAGUUUAACUUUUCAUAUAAAACAACUCAUAACUGUUUUAUUUGAUUUAGCAGAUAAAACGAUACCUGUGAAUUGAAUUGAUUGACAGAACUUACAUAAGUUUCGGCGACAGUUCACUACUGUUCAAGAGUUAUAGAAGACAGUAUCAUUUCAGUUUGACAGUUCGCAACACAACAAGUUGAAAAUUUUGAGCAAUAUGAAAGACAAUACUGAACGUAAAUACGUAAAAACACACUAAAAGAUUGGCUAAACUAGUUAAUAACAUACGUACUGUUCGAAUUCACAAAAAAAUUAGGAUUAUAAUGAAAAACUGGAGCUUUCUUUGUAGAUAAAAACGCCAAAAAACUUCCCGCGGCUUGUUUCAAUAUUUUUGCCGAACAGUAAACACGACGAUUCCACGCGCAGGUCGCGAGGAUGAAGUCUGAUCUAUAUAAAUCGUAUUUAAACUGUACUAACUGUAGGGAGCCACCUUAAUGUAAAUACCAAUCUACUAUUCUCUGUCAUCGGUCAGUAAAUCCAAUGAAACAAAUUUAUAGGAAAUUUCGAUCUUUUAAUAACAGAUGAUCCUUACUGGACCUCUAGGAAGAACAGUUUAGAACUGACAGAGCUAUCCAGUAUAAAUAAAUAAAUAAAGUGAGUUUAGUUUAGGUUUCCUCCUGUAGUAACACUGGAUCAAAAGAGAUGAUCCUUACUGGACAUCUGGGAAGGACAGUUUAGAACUGACAGAGCUAUCCAGUAUAAAUAAAUAAAUAAAUAAAGUGAGUUUAGUUUAGGUUUCCUCCUGUAGUAACACUGGAUAAAAAAGAGAUGAUCCUUACUGGACAUCUGGGAAGGACAGUUUAGAACUGAUAGAGCUAUCAUGUAUAAAUACAGUUAGUUUUAGUUCAGAUUUCCUCCUGUAGCAACACUGGAUCAAUAAGAAAAAAUACUUACUGGACCUCUAGGAAGAACGGUUUAGAACUGAUAGAGCUAUCCAGUAAAAAUAGAGUUGGUUUAGUUUAGAUUUCCUCCUGUACUAACUUCCUAUACGCGUCUUUCGUAUUCUCCCAAAAUUCCCCGGGUGCAUUAUCACACCACAAACGCACACGAUUUGUUUUCUAUUUCUUAAAUAAGGGCCUGUCGGUAAGGAGUAUAAGUGAUGCCCAUAUCCCCAUUUACAAGUUUGUAAAACGUUCCUGUUUUGGAUUAUUUAAUUUAAAAAUUGGAAAGUAGCCAAUUUUUAGGUGACGUAGUACAAAACUGGAUGUCUUACAAAUCCAUAAUCCUCAGCGCUCUUUUGCUGUAUGACAUGCUGCUAUUUUAUGUCUUUUGUACAGCAAUGGUGCCAAAGAUUUUUUUAAUAUAAAUAUCACAGUGUCACCUCCAAACACAGGCCAGAUUAUUGAGCGAAUCAUUUUGUUGUGAAGGCUUUGCCUCUGUCGUUAAAACGUUUCCUCUGUCGUUAAGGUUUUGCCCCUAGCAAUUGUUGUUAUGCCUUUGCCUCUAGAAAACUUAAUAUACAUUGUUAGAUUUAUCGAGCGUGUCUAGUUUUCCCUAGUGUACAGUUUUUAUCGCUUACUGAUUAUUUAUAAUUUCGCAAUUACCGUAAAUAAGAUAAGAAACGUCAUGGGUGUUUAUUAAAUAUCUUACUUUAAGAAAAGGGAUAAAAAGGUGCCGUUAUUAAAUCAUUUAUGGAAAUCACAACUUCGAUCGAUAUUCUUUUUGUAACAGGUAUCGUCCACCAGGGGAAGGUCAGCCGGAUGGUGUUUUGAGGAAGGGGGUUAAAUUAUGGGGUCAAGAAUUGUCUGAAGAAGGAAACAUGCCAACGUUUCAAUUUCAAAAAUUAUUGAAUGAUGAUCAAGAACUGUACAAAUGGCUCGUGACUCUGGAAAUUGAAACUGGAAUUGCCAAAGUUGAAAAUGCGCCCAAAGAAGCAAAUCAGUUGCCAGUACUGGGUGAAAGAGUUGGCUAUCUCAUGCGAAAUUGUUACGGGUUAGUAUCAUUGCUAAUAUUGACUAGUUUCCCAAUCAGUGGUAGACUCUUUUCCAAUCAGAACCGUAUGCACGAUUUUUUUACUUCUGAAAUAAGUACCCAAAUUAAAUGUCAAUACAUUCAAAGCCAUAUCAGUUACUAAAAGAUGUAUGCUUAUGGCUAUCCUAUACAGAAUCAUACAUUGUUAUCAAUCAUACAUGAUUAUAAGUGCCAUUUGGCUUAAAGACCAUGUCAAGUCCGUUCUGCGCAUCAGUUCUGCUCAUAACAAAGGGGAACCACAGAUAUUAAACAUUACCCUUUGCAUCUUUCGAACUUUUUUGAAUUGAAACAUACUCUAGUUUAUAUUCAUUUACAAUUGCGAACCAAAAAAGUGUUAGGUAUUCAGUUAGUAUGUCUUAUUUUACAAAUAUACCAGUUCAAACUAAUGUAAACAAAGAAUUUGUUUACAUUACGGACUUGACAUGAUCUUUAAUAAUUUAUAAUAACAUUAUAGAAUUAGCAGCCUAGACCUAGGCCUUCUAUUUUUAUUGAUAUUUUUUUAAUAUUCAGCGCUUUUUCACAUGAAAAGACUAGGACUAGGUGAUUUGGGCGCGGGGCGGAGGAAGGAUACAAGCCUGACGCAAGCGAAGAAAUAGAAGGCCUAGUGGAUUUCCCAACAACAAGGCCAAAACUGCCCUGAAACUGCCCUGAUUGCGAAAUGCCCAAUUGUUGCGUUCUCAAACAGAAUUAUUUGCGACUUAACAGCGAAUUUAAACCGAUACAGGUAAAAUAAACUCAUUUAUAGUAUAACUUACUAUUUUUAUUUGUAUACACGUCUAGAAAAUCGGUUUUUUUAUCAUAAAGUUUGAAGCAACACUAUUAUUAUGUUGACAAGGUGAAGCGAAAGCACAAAAUAAUAAUUCUUUUAUUCGCAAGACAAUCUACUGUUUUGCUUUGAAUAACUAUAUAUUUGCGAAUUGGGAAUGAGGAAUUUGAAAUUAUUGUUCAAAUAUUACGGAUAUACCAUUUGUAAACAAUGUACGUUUUUAUAACAGUACUGUACGGGCUAAUAAUAUAUGUAUCCGUUUUAUUUUUGAUAAAUUAUAAUUGUAUAUGUGUUUGUAUAUUUUACAAACACAAGACUGCUUCUUGCCAAAAUUGAGAAAAUAUAUAUUAAUGUAGUUGUGUAUAAGACAAAAUUUCAUGAAAAAUUCUACUUUUGGCAUAUAUUUUGACUCAUUUUGUGCUUUCGCUACACCUUGUCAACAUAUUAAAUAAUAGUGUUGCUUCGAACUUUAUGAUAAAAACCCCGAUUUUCUAGACGUGUAUACAAAUAAAAAUAGUAAGGUUAUACUAUAAUGAGUUUAUUUUACCUGUAUCGGUUUAAAUUCGCCGUUAAGUUGCAAAUAAUUCUGUUUGAAAACGCAAUAAUUGGGCAUUUCGCAACCAGGGCAGUUUCAGGGCAGUUUUGGCCUUGUUGUUGGGAAAUCAACUAGGCCUUCUAGGCUUGCUUCCUCCGCCUCGCCCCCAAAUCACCUAGUCCCAGUCUUUUCAUGUGAAAAAGCGCUGAAUAUUAAAAAAAUAUAAAUAAGACUAGAAGGCCUAGGUCUAGGCUGUACAAUUAGUAAGUUAAAUUGUCAGUGACAGGUACGACUGCUUCAUCAACAUAUAUACACUGAGAAUUUUUAGUGACUUUCGUAUAAACAAGCUUUCGUUGGUAGGCGGGAUGCAACUACCUGAAAAAUAUAUGAAGAAUUUCGACUUCGAAGACGAAAGGCCUUCGCUUGAAACGUCGAAAUUCUCCUUAUAUUUUUCAUGUAGUUGCAUCCCUACCAACGAAACGACUUGUACUUGUUUCUAUUAUUGGCACUACCUAUACUGGCACAGACAGUUCAAGAAUAUUAAACAUACUGAUAUUAUUUACUACACAAUGUCAAUGUUUACAUGGGCGGUUUUCCUAAGGAUUUCGCCCCGGGGGGGGGGAGCGAAUAUCCUGGGAGAUUUUCCCCUCCCCCAUAUUAAGUCUAUUUAUUAUUAAAAUUGUAGAAACUAGUACUAUAUUUCAGUUAGAAUUUUCUUUUAGAAGUUGUUGUAAUAUAUAGGGUCAACCUCUUAACUUUCCAUUAGGUCUAUGUGGCCUAAGAAUAAAUUUAUGUUAUGUUUAUGUAAACGUCCGGUCAACUUCUCAACGAAACAGAGAAACGAGGCAGGUAUUCUUCGUGUUAAGCCCCUUGAGUUAAGCUCUUCGAGUUAAGGGAGUGCGGUAGGUAUUUUUCGAGUUAAGCCCUUCGAGUUAAGCCCUCCGAGUUAAGCCCUUUCCGAGUUAAGCCCCUGCCACGCCCUUUUUCGCCGGGGGCUUAACUCGAGGUCAAUUAACGAUUUAACCAUUCGAGUUAAGCCCCGACAUUUGGUGGAUGUAAACAAGUGACGCGUGUAUACUCGCAAAAAUAUUGGCAGAAAUAUGUAAGGAGGGAGAAUGUAAAAUUUCAGCAAUUUUAAGAAAUAUAUUUUACUUAGAUCUCUGUUGCCUUGCCUACAGUUUUAUACCAUAGAUAUCUAAUAUACACUAGAUAGCGCAUCUCUUUUAGUAAAAUUGAAGUCAAGAAUAUUCCAGCGGUUGCCCCCAUUUGAAUAGAUGGCGGCCAUGUUGCGGUUUCCCACUCGCUAAUAAACGCUUAAAAACAACAAUAACUUUCAUCAUUUGAAUAGUUUGAAAAUGUAUUUGGAAUAGGGUUAACUUAAUGUUUAAGUUCCCUGUUUAAGAAAUAGAAAACAUACGAGUCUUCUCAUUUCAUGGGAAUAUCCUGAGUCUGCAAUCACGGCUUCAAUUUUUGAAUUACAGAAUAAUUAGAUGCACUAUCUAGUGUAUAUAAGAUAUCUAUGUUUUAUACAGACAAUGACAUCGUGAAACGAGAGAGCUCAAUAAGGAUUUGAAUGUAAACGACAGCUCAUUCAGGGCAGCAAUUACGGCUUUAAAAACUAAAUAAUAUAUAGGCUAUAACGGCACUUGCAGAACGCAAAUCUUAGGCAUGUUCAUAUGGAGGUGAGCUACCUUUCCAACCAAUUUGCUCGGCAGCGACAAGGUCUAGGACUAGAAUAUUAUGUAAAUCGUUUUAUAGUUUUUCGGUGACUAUUUAAAUGACACAAGCGAGUAACUCAUCUUGCCAAGAAACCGUCAGAGAGAGAACAGACAGGAGGAAUUUCAAACUAUUACAAGAGGAUAACAGAUACAAAUAUUUCCACUAAUUACCAACGGCAAAUAAUAACCGAAUCACAACAACGGUAAACGAAUCAAACUAAAAUAUCACGAUUAUGUACUAUUUGGAUAUUCUCAGAAAUCAGAAUGAUCAAGAAUGAAGUUCUAGCUAACAAAGCAAUUCAGUAUGAUGUCACGCUGUAGUAUUCAUCUCCCCUACUCCGGAGAAGCGAUAUAUCUUAGAAAGAUAGCUCGCCUCCAUAUCAACAUGCCUAAGAUUUGCGUUCUGCAAGUGCCGCUAUAUAUUAUUUAGUUUUUAAAGCCAUAAUUGCCGCCCUGAAUGAGCUGUUGUUUACGCAGAAAUCCUUACUGAGCUCUCUCGCUUCACGAUGUCAUUGUCUGUAAAAAACUGUAGGCAAAGAGAUCUAAGUAAAAUAUAUUUCUUAAAAUUGCUAAAAUUUUACAUUCUCCCUUCUUACAUAUUGAUUUGCCAAUAUUUUUGCGAGUAUACAUUAAAUUAAAUCGUUAAUUGACUUCGAGUUAAGCCCCCGGCAAAAAAGGGCGUGGCUGAGGCUUAACUCGAAAAGGGCUUAACUCGUAGGGCUUAACUCGAAGUUCUUAACUCGAAAAAUACCUACCCCUACAAAAACUAGUCCAAAAUAAUCUGUUACUUAAUGAAAAUUGACUGUUAAUACGAGUUGGCUCAUUUAGGCUGCAGCUUAUUUAAGCCGAGAAGUAUAUGAUAACUAUUUCCAGCUAGAUUGUGGGCGACUCAAAUCAUUGCUCUUUUACAUGCCUCAAAUGUCGGGGCUUAACUCGAACGUCGAAUAUUUUCAAUGACUUCCAGUUAAGCCCCUCUUUUUUCACGGGGCUUAACUCGAACUUUCCCGCAAGUUGUGUUUCUUUCUUCGAGUUAAGCCCUUGACGAAAUGGGUGUGGUUUGGGCGUAGUCGGGGCUUAUCUCCAAAGACUUAACUCGAAAGGCUUAACUCGAAGAUUACCUACCUCCAAAGAAACUACCCAAAGAAAAAUUGACAGUAAAUACUUUAUUUCGCUCCUUCCAUAUUAUCUCCGAGCCAACGGCGCGCGUUCCGGGCGUCAGCCCGGGUACUAAUUCCGCCCGGCUAUCUACACCUGGGGAAAGGGAAGUAUUAGCGGAGUCUAUAGUUCAUCAAUGAUCGCGGGCGUGGGUCACCAACCCUGGGUGGUCAUCCUGACUGAUCUAAAAAAUAUGGCUGUUUGCCAGGAGUGGGAUAAACAAGAUUUCAAUUUUUAAAAGCAUAUAUUUGGAAAAUCACGUUUCACACAACCUUAAUUAAUUAAUGUCAAUGAGCCUUGAAGCAAUUUUUGUUUGAAGAAAUGAGAAGAAUUGAUUUGCUGUGGAAAAUCGUGGAAUAUAGGGCAAGUUUGCUUUGAAUGCUGAAUGUUUAUGAAUAUUUUGUUGCUUUAAUUUUUCCGUAAAACAUGCACCGCUUUCCUUUUCACUGAAAGUUUGCUAAAUUACCCUGUUUAAUUUAAGAAAAAAGAUAAAAUGUAAAGGAGAGCAAAUUAAUUUGAAGACUGAACUGAAAUUACUCAACAAUUUGAACUUAUUUUGUUUUAUAAGGUAAAAACAGUUUAUUGGAAAAAGCAGUUUAUAGUUUAAUAUUAAAAUGAACAUUUCAAAACAUUUUACGAAGCGAUUCAGGUUAAAUUUUACAUUAAAUCAAAGCUCACAAAAUGUAGAACAAUAUACCUACAGUACAUAUUCCGGAAAUGUAUUGUUAUAUAGUUAAUUUAAAGCAAUAAUUUUUCAGCUACUUUUGACGUCUUGGACAAAAAAAUAAUAGAAAUUAAAUUUAUCGUGUUGCCAUCGUAACACUGACGUAAACGCGAACCCGCGUUCAGUGUUGAUCAAUUACUAAUACUUCAUGUUAAAUCAAUGUUUGGAAAAUACAUGCGAGGGGUUGCUGCAUGCAUGUAUUUCUAGUAAGUCCUUUAAUUGUCCUCUGCAUCAUUUUGAACUUAUGUUUUGUUCGUUUUGGAAGUAGAAAGAAGUACAAUAAUAUUUAUCGUUUGAAUGCCACCUCACUCCUCCUCGCCUUGGGCGCCAUGUGGAAUCACUUUCAAGUCCCUAAUAAGUUGUGAGGUGAUUAUCGGGGAAUAUUCGCCGAGACGAGGUCGAGGUGAAUAUUUCCCGAUAAUCACCGAGCCUGAGGCGAAUAAUUGUUUUAGUAUUCUUACAAAGCUUUUGUGUUUUUUGAGACUGAAUUUAUAUUAAUUUCGCUCAGUUAUUUCUUUGUCAGUAAACUUCCACAAAACGGGUGGCCGCCAUUUUAAAAAUUUCUGUUUUGUUAUAUUCACCUGUAGGUGAAUAUAACAGCUUAUUACGUCAAAUUUGACCAAUCAACGUGUAGGAUUUGUUAUGUUCACUUGUGCAAAAAUACUAAAUAAAUAUGGUUUGUUUCGAUUAACACCGCGGAAAAACGUCAGCGCAUGCGUGGGCACAAAAAGAUGGCGAGGAAUUUAAAUGCCAAAUUGUAAACAAAAACAUGGCUAUUUAAUUAUUUAAGGUAAUUGAAACAAACAAAAAAAAUUACACUAGACGGGUAGUUUAGACAUUAAUAAAAAGUUUUCUAAGAUUUAAAAUCUAAAAAGAAACAGCAUUUAAAUUAAAAAUUACCGUUUAAGACCGGAAGACGUGUGAUUAUUUCUUGAAAAAUUGUCGAAUACCGAACUUAAAGCAGAAAAGUUAAGAAAACUAUAGAAUAGUUAAGCAUUUGCCAACGAUUAAAUUGUAGAGUAAAUCAUUACCCUUGAGUAUAGUCAACGCAAAAAUUAUACAUGCUACGCAAAAAAACUUAUUGACAAAAAUGUGGAUUAUAUGAACCUACGAAAAGUAUCUUUGUAUGGUUCAGUUAAAGAACGUUUUAUACAAUAAAUUUAUCAACAAACAGUCACCUUUGGUUUAUUUUCUUGCAUAAUACUAUUUCUUACACAUGUAGACUGUAAUUAUUUCUAGUUUUUUAGGUUGUCACAUUCUUUAUUCCGCUAGCGUUUUCACGGAAAAGUCAAAAUAUCGAAGUCGCUUCCAUUUUGAGUUUUUGACAACGUUCGGAACACUUGACAUCACGUUCGCAAUACAGAUUUCAGUAAUCUUGACGCAUGCGCAGACGUUUUUCCGCGGUGUUGUUUCGAUUCCAAUUAAAACAAUAAACUCCGCGCAUGCUCAGAUUCGACUGGAUAUUAUCUUUAAAGUAAUUUAUUAUACAUAUUAUGUCCUCCGAUAAACAGGGUGUCUAAAAAAGUGACACUUUAGAAAUCAUCCUUUUGUUGUAAACACCAAAACUUCAGUUCCUUCGGAGUUUAGGAUGCAUUGUAAUCGUACGAGCAUAUUAAAACUGCAUAAAUUGUAUAUGAAAAUUCUAAUUGAAAGCUAAAACGAAUUUUAACAAAAAAGUGUUUUAACUGUUUUACGCGCUCGUUAAAUUAAUCAGCACAUAAUCAUAUUCACAUGUUGAACGAUAUACCAGGGUUCAAUAUAGGACUCCGGCGGGCAUUCGAAAUGUAAUGUGAAUUGCUAAAGGUAAAAAGAGAAAGGUACACUUAGCUUUGUAUAGGGAGUAUAUUUUCUAAUCGCUCAAAGCGUGUUGACAAUUGACCGUGAAAAGUAAAAACGUCAAUCGCUAACAUCAAAAAACGAAAUAGGAGCGAGACUAAUUUGUUAGCGUUGGAUUUCUAGGUUGAGUAAAUUCAGUAUAUCAAUAUUUUUUAGCGAUUUUUAUCAACUAAGGGCAAUCGCCGGGGAAACAGCACAUGAAAUUGGUUACACUAAUUCUUUUCUACCCAUCCAUACGGAUACUACAUUCAACCAGUCCGCGCCUUCGGUAAGUCUUUAUUUAAACUUAUAGUGGUAUAGGUAAUAUGGCAGGUUAUUGGCGUAGAAAAGGCGCAUUAUAAGUGUGCAUAUCGUCUGACUACUCCCUAGUCCUCUGUGCACGCCUUUUAUUAUCCUGUAACUGAGUAAUGCAGGGACUGGUAACAAGUAAGAUGGCAAAACUGUAACGGGGAGCUUAAGCGACCCACAUGCAACCUCGUAGCUAGGGCUUCUACGCUUGUGAGAGCCGCAAGCGCAGAGGCCCUGGAUACGAGAUUCACCCAUAUGCCUCUGGCGUGCGACACACACGUAUCUUCAAAUACAAAAGCAUUUUUAUUUCCGCAUUUUCUGCAAACACUUAUCGAAGUCUGCUAGCCGCUUUCAAUUGAAAACUGGAUUUAACCAUGGCAAAGGAUUAAAAUUAGUCAUACCUUUAAGAACUUCUAUAUGAGUACAGAGAAAAACUUGUAGAACUAAUGUAAUACAUUUUGGAAAAGCAUUCGCUGAACAAAUAAUGCUGUAAACGUCAUCAAUCAAAUUUUGGAAUUAAGGCCAUCUCGUUAAUGGGAGAAAUUAGCCAUACUGAACAAGCCAGAGUAGAGAAUAUAAUUAAAUUUCGGAUCAAACGCCACAGCGGUUUCUUCAGUUAUCGUUAGUAGCAUUACGCCAUUCCUUUCAGCUCAUCAGUAUUCCAUUAUCAUCUAGCGCACCACGUUGUCUUUCAUUUUUAUUGACUUCCCAUCGGUGAAUUCAGUUUAAAUUCCUUACUUUACUGGAAAAAAAGGCAAAGUGCUGAGGAUUAUGUACAUAACAUAAACGCCAUGGUCAACUUCAUUUUGCAUAUGCGCGUGCUACUUUUUUUACAAACCUUUUUACUGACAGACAAACUUAGUUUACAAAUAUUUUUUUCUUAAUAACCGAUCAAAUUACGGAAUUUAAAGUAACGUUAUAUAAAAUCAUAAUUUGAAAAUGACGUUUGCUUAUCACAAAACGUUUCGAACGCCAUGGUAAUGAUUGAUUCAGUAUUGAAAAUGACGACGUAGGAAUAGAUUAUCGCAAUCAAAUCGAAGUUGAGGAAGAUUUGCAGUUGGGAAAGAAAGUAACUUAAUAGAGGAUAGGGGGCUUACAUUUCCUUCCCCAAAGAGGGGGGAAGGGGGUUAUGAGAGAGCUCUUAUUGGAGAGAGGCGACUUAUAUGACCGGCGCUUUUUUGAGAGGUUUAAUAGAGUAUUUACAUUAUAUCUGAUUUAGGUUACAGUGCUUCAUUGCAUUGAGCAAGCGGAAGGUGAAGGUGGUGCCAAUUUAUGGGUAGAUGGUUUCCAUGCAGCAAAUCUCCUCUUUGAAGAAGAUCCAGAAUCAUUUCAAAUACUGGUCAAUACACCUGUGGUAUUUCGUAAUAUAACACUGACGAAACGUGGACAAUUUUAUGCUGCAUCCCGUCGUCCUAUAAUCAGGUUAGUGGUUUUGUUACCUGUUAUAAUAAUGGUGUACGUUCUAUGGGCGGACACUCCAACCAGCGCUGCCUAAUACCCGGAUAGCCCAAGCGACUAACGCUAAUAGGUUAUAGGGUGUCUUGUUAAUAACAAAAUAAGGCUAAAACUUAAAUUCAAUGUUGGUGAGUCAGUCAGUAUAUUGUUAGUGGGCCUUGAGCCUUUUCUUUAUCUCAUAUUAUUGCUAAUAAAUCCAAAACGUUGCCUAUUUUAUCUUGAAACAAGACGCCUGCUCAAGGCGUUCGCUCCGCCGGUAAAGCGGAAGGGCAGCAACAGAAUUGCUUGGGGGUGGUGUAGGAAUUGAUGAGGCGUGAUUAGCACCUUAUUAUAACUUUGGCAUUUUGGCAAAGAGCAAUAUAAUACUGUACACAAAGCAGAAAUGAAAGAUAUAUUUCCAGUGCUUUCAUUAUACUUGGUUUAGUCUACAGUACAUAUUAUAUAGAUAAUAAUAAAACAAAGCAAUUUUGAGAGGUACGCCAAAAAGAUUUUCGGUUUUUGAACACUUUCAUGCGAUAUGAAAAAAUGCUCUGCGUAAAACAGGUGCACUUGUGUGGCAUGUCAUUGCAAUCAGCAAUAUUAUUUUAGAAAAAAGUGGGAUAGAGGAAAAAUUCUUCCUAUCCGAUUUUGUAUUUAAUUAUCGGAUAUAUGAUUUUUGCUUUGUAGAGUUGAUCAUGAAAAAAGGAUACAGCAGGCAACUUAUAGUGAUGAAUUUCGUGAUAAUCACAUGUCAAUCGAACCUAAGCUUAUGAAAUCCUUUUAUAAAGCCUAUUUUCGCUACUCUGAAUUAAUGUUAGACAAGAAAAUCUCGUUUUGGCAUAAAAUGAAACCAGGUGAUCUCAUGACAACCAAUAAUUAUCGAGUUCUACAUGCAAGAAGUGCAUUUAAAGAUCGCGGCGACAAUGUGAGGUUUCUUGAGGUUGGAUAUUUUGAUUUGGAUUGUGUUCUGGCGAAAAUUCGUUUGCUUGCUGAGGAACAGGGAAUACCUUCACCACUGAAUUUGUAAUGAUUUUGAAACAUAUUGAAUGAGUAUGAUACAAUUUGUAGUAUAGUUGGACUGAAAUAUGUAGUACAUAGUCUUUCAUUAGACAUAUGUGACGAUUUUUUAUCAAUAGAAACAAUUUUUUAAAUGAGUAUAGUGAUGCAAAGAAUAACUUUCAUCGCUCAUUUGUUUUAAUUUCCAUUGUAGAAAACAUAAAUUUCACGGACCAUUUAAUAAAACUGAGCUAAAC